AGAAAAAUGAAGUCGCCCAAUUAACAAAGACAAUAUAAAGAAAGUAAAAAAAGAAGAAAAAGAAAAAGAAAAAAAAGAAGGCGUCUUGUUUAGUUAAACAUCAUCAUCAAUACAUCUUCUGUUGUUGUUCAUCGUAUCAAAUUUUAGCUUCCAACUGCUGGUGGUACACAACUGGAACAACGGAGAUGCCAGAGGAGGGCUACAAAGUGAGCUUUAUUAAGGAAUUAGCUAAAAGAUAUCCAAGUUUGGAGUUUCUGAAUUGAAUUAUCCUCACAGCAACAUAAUUACCAAAACUUCAAUUCGAGGCUGUGUGGACUUCAUGAGGAAAUGACGUCGGCACGUUGUGGUGGAUAUGUGGAUCCUGGAUGGGACCAUGGUACUCCCCAAGAUGAGAAAAAGAAGAAGGUGAGAUGCAAUUAUUGUGGAAAAGUAGUUAGUGGUGGGAUAUACAGGUUAAAGCAACAUUUAGCUCGAGUAUCUGGAGAAGUCACGUAUUGUGACAAGGCUCCAGAGGAAGUGUGUCUAAAAAUGAAAGAAAACUUGGAAGGAUGUCGUAUUGGUAAGAAACAAAAGCAAAUUGAAUACGAUGAACAAGCAUAUCUUAACUUCCCUCCUUGUUCUAGUCAUAAUGAUAAUGACAACGAUAAUGAUGUUGCGGAAGAGGAUGACCACAUUGCCGUCACGUAUAACAAUAAGAACAAAGGUAAGCAGCUGGUAGUAGCGAGGGACAAGGGUUUGGUCAUAAAUAUGGUGGCUCCUCCUCUUCGGUCAUUAGGAUAUGUUGACCCUGGCUGGGAGCAUGGAGUUCCUCGUGACGAGAGAAAGAAAAAGGUCAAAUGCAAUUACUGUGAUAAAAUUGUGAGUGGUGGCAUCAAUCGCUUUAAGCAACACCUUGCUAGAAUACCUGGUGAAGUCGCACCUUGUAAAAGUGCCCCUGAAGAAGUCUAUCUCAAGAUAAAAGAAAAUAUGAAAUGGCAUCGUACUGGAAGGAGACAUAGAAGACCAGAAUCUAAUAAUAAGCAGCAAACAUCGGAAGCAGGGCCACCAUUUUAUACGAUGCAAUCAGAAAAUGAAGAUGAAGAGGAUGACCAAGAAGAAGAUGAUAUGCAUCUACUAAUCACCAAUGGGAAUAGAAAGAGACUUUCCUGUGAUUCUAGAAGGGUGAUAUCUUCUGAGCCAUCAUCGAAAAAACUGAAAUCUGAGAAUACUAAUAUUCUACAGUCACCAAAGAGUCAGAUGGCAGGAGCUAGAAUAACACGAAAGGAUGUCAUGUCUGCUAUUUCCAAGUUUUUUUAUCAUGCUGGAGUCCCCACACAUGCAGCAAACUCAUCCUACUUCCAUAAGAUGUUGGGGAUUGUUGCUCAAUAUGGACCAAACUUACCAGCUCCCUCGAGCCUUAUGUUAUCGGGUCGUCUUCUUCAGAGUGAAAUUAUAACCAUUAAAACCUAUCUGGCUGAACAUAAAACCUCUUGGGCAGUCACUGGCUGUUCUAUAUUGGCAGAUAGUUGGAAAGAUGCACACGGCAGGACGUUAAUCAACAUUUUGGUUUCCUGUCCUCGGGGUGUGCACUUUGUGUCUUCAGUUGAUGCCACUGAAUUCAUUGAAGAUCCGCCGACUUUAUUUAGAUUUCUUGAUAAAUUUGUGGAUGAGAUGGGCGAGGAAAACGUUGUGCAGGUUGUCACACAAAACACACCUAGUUAUCAAAUGGCUGGAAAGAUGCUUGAGGAGAAACGACAGAACUUAUAUUGGACUCCUUGUGCUGCUUCUUGUAUUGAACAAAUGCUGGAAGAUUUUGUAAAACUAAAAUGGGUGGCAGAAUGUAUCGAGAAAGGACAAAAAGUUACAAAGCUUGUGUACAACCACAUCUGGUUAUCAAGUUUAAUGAAAAGAGAAUAUACAGGGGGACAGGAACUUGUGAGAACAUCUUUUACCCGCCAUGCUUCCAGUUUUCUAACUUUGCAAAGCUUAAUGGACCACAGGGUUGCCUUAAAACGCUUGUUUCAAUCCACUACAUGGCUAUCAUCUCGAGUUUCAAAAUCCGAGGAGGGUGAAGAGGUGGAAAAAAUUGUCAUGAAUGCUACAUUCUGGAAGAAGGUCCAAUACGUUUGGAGAUCAGUGGGCCCUAUUCUGGAAGUGCUUGAAAAGAUCAACGGUGAAGAUAGCCUCUCCAUGCCAUAUAUAUACAAUGACAUGUACAGGGCAAAACUUGACAUAAAAAGCAACCAUGGUGAUGAUGCACGCAAAUAUGGUAACUUGUGGAGUAUAAUCGACAAUCACUGGAACUUGACUCUCUGUCAUCCUUUGUAUCUUGCUGCUUACUUCUUAAAUCCAUCAUACAGAUAUCAACCUGAUUUCAUUCAUUAUCCAGAAGUUGUGCGUGGACUAAAUUCAUGCAUUGUUAGGUUUGAGCCAAACAAUGCAAGAAGGAUUUUAGCAUCAAAGCAGAUCUCGGAUUUUGGCUCUGCAAAAGCUGAUUUUGGAACUGAUCUGGCCAUUAGCACACGGACAGAAUUAAAUCCGGGUGCAUGGUGGCAACAACAUGGCAUAAAUUGCUUAGAGCUGCAACAGAUUGCUGUACGCAUAUUGAGUCAAACAUGCUCUUCAUUUGGUUGUGAGCAUAAUUGGAGCAUAUAUGAUGAGAUUCACAACCAGAGGGACAACCAUCUGGCACACCAAAGAUUGAAUGACUAUAUGUACGUUCACUAUAACUUACGCCUCAAGGAACGUCAAAUAAGGAGAAAGAUGCCAAACACUUCAUUUUCCCUAGACAACGUUUUGCAAGAGAAUCUAUUAUAUGACUGGAUUGUGAGGCCAGAAAAACAAGCUUAUCAAGAAGAUGAGGAGCUUUGUAGUGAAAUGGAAUUUGAGAAUGGGUUGUUGGAAUAUGAAGGAAAUGGAGAAAGUAGGAACAGUUCAUUACAGGGGGACACACAACCAUUAGAUGCUCAUCAGCCUAACAAUAUAAAUCUGCAUACUAGGAUUGAUAAUGAACAUGAAGAUGAAGACGAUGACCUCAACUUUUUCGAUGAUCGAUUGAGUGAUUCAUAGCAUGGCAUGCAUAUUAUAAUGUAUAGGAGUAAAUCGAUGUUUUAGUAUUGGUUGUAAUGCAAAACCAUGUAUUGUUUUUAUAUAUUCCUUUGAGUAGAGCCUUAAAUUGGUUCUCAAUCA